UGUCACCACAAAAAGUAGUGUUAAAUAUUCUAGCAUACAAGAGACAGGGGCGGAUCCAUAAGUUUUUCAAGGGGGAGCGCAUAUAAUAAAAAUUGAUCCAGUUUUUUAGACGAAAAAUAUACUGCAAAAUGCAGUUACUCUGUAUAUUGAUAUUUAUAGGAGUUGCUCAAUGUGAUGAUUCGACUAUAGCGCCAACUAAUUUUGAACAUUUGUGUGCACCAAAUGUUAUCGAAUUUGCAAUGUAUUACCAACUAUCAGUUCAAACAUCUUUUAUAACUUCGUGUGAAUGUAUGCUAUCAUCAAACUAUUAUAUACAAAGUGGAUUUAAUGAAAUUAAUCAGGGUUCAAAUGAUAUUGCAACAAAUUUAAUAACGACAUUUAAAAAUGGUAUUGGAAAUUCAAAAAAUAUGAUACAGGACUUGCAAACCGAUCUCGAUACAGAUAUGAAAGAGAAACUUAAUGCUGUAUUAUACAUGACAGCUAGCUAUUACCAAAAAAAGGUAAUUGUUAAAAAAACAGAAAUAACGUUAGGUGAAGUGACAGAUAUUAAACAAGCUCACACAAUUUUAACUGCAAGACGCUGUGAAAGAGAUUAUAAGUGCUUUGUGAAUGACAUUGCUAGGGUAAAAUCCCAAUAUAGUAGUGGACAGAGUAAUUCAAAUAAUAUCGAUAAAAAUCAAUGGGCUACUCUGGUGAAACAGUAUUACGAAGCAAGAGAAACUAUAAUUAAUAAAACGGAUGUGUAUACAUCAAUUAGAGAAGCGUUUUUGUUGGGCAGUGGAAUAAAUUUAUGUGAAGGAUCUUCAAAUUUUGAUCAAUCAAAACUGGGAAUAUACAAAACUGCUCAUUUAGGAGACUACUUUGGAAAAAAAGAUAAUAACCCGUGCACACUAUUGAAUCAGACGGCCACACAAAUGUAUUACAUUUAUAAGAGCUCAUUGACCGCUAUUUAUUUAAAUUCUGUGGUACAUUCAAAAUGUGAUUUAGCAUUGAGAUUUAUGAUAUGGGAACAUGUGAAUUUAGUUCGAGCGCACUUUGAACUCAUGUGUAAAAACAUAGACAUGUUCAUAAAAUCAACACAAACCGAAGCUGAAUCAACCUUCGGCACUGAUUCUGAAAAUUAUAAAAAAAUUAUGAAAGCCUUAUAUAUUUGUGUGAAUGAAAUGCUUAUAACGGCUGUUAAAUCUACCGAGAUAAGUUAUCGGCGAGGAUUGAACUUUAAUACUGAUAGAAACAUGAUUAAAUCUGAUUUCAAUCAAUACAAACCCGAACAUAUUAAUAAAUAUUAUUCAAAAAUUCUUGGGGUUAAUGCUAAUGUAGCUCGUUUUGAUUCACGUAUAAUUGAUCAAAAAACUUGUUCAUUACCAACAAAAGAGAUGUGUAUACCACAGAAAAUGUUCUCGUCAUUAUCAAAUAGAUUAAUUUUUCAAUCUUUUGUAUGCCAAUUUAAUUAUUUAAUUAUAACAAUAAAAACAACAGAGUAUGAUACAACAUCUGUGGAUUAUUGGGUGUUUGAAAAAAUUACACUAAUAAAAUUAAAAAACUCAAUCGUAUUUGCAAGAUGUUCAGCGACUGCAAACAAAAUUUUAAUUAUGAAUAGUGCAUUUUAUGCAUAUGAUUUAAUUAUCACGGAAAAUAAUACACCAUCUACUGAAAUUCAACAAAUUCUAGAUCAAAUUUCAUUAGAUGUAGUUGGAAUAUUAUGUAUACACUCAGAGGAGAUAAUUGUAAUAUCCGAUACUAUUGAUGUUUAUAUAGAUACAAAUAGUAACAAUAAAAAUGUCCCAGCAGUAGUAUAUAAACCUGGUUUUAAUGAAUACACAGGUCAAAAUCCCAAAGGCACUCCAUCACCGAAUAGUUCAGGAAACCCAACAUACCCGAACGGUUCAGGAAACCCAACAUCACCGAAUGGUUCAGGGAACCCAACAUCACCGAAUGGUUCAGGGAACCCAACAUCACCGAAUGGUUCAGGGAACCCAACAUCACCAAAUGGUUCAGGUACCCCAACAUACCCGAACGAUUCAGGUACCCCAACAUACCCGAACGGUUCAGGAAACCCAACAUCACCGAAUGGUUCAGGGAACCCAACAUCACCGAAUGGUUCAGGGAACCCAACAUCACCGAAUGGUUCAGGGAACCCAACAUCACCGAAUGGUUCAGGGAACCCAACAUCACCAAAUGGUUCAGGUACCCCAACAUACCCGAACGGUUCAGGUACCCCAACAUACCCGAACGGUUCAGGAAACCCAACAUCACCGAAUGGUUCAGGGAACCCAACAUCACCGAAUGGUUCAGGGAACCCAACAUCACCGAAUGGUUCAGGAAACCCAACAUACCCAGGAUCUACAACAUAUCCAGGAAGUAAUUAUGAAGAUAUAGAUUAUUCUUUUAUAACAUCUGGUAUACAAGUAACACAAUCUAUAGAGAAUUUCCAACUUUCUAUUGAGUGCAAAGUAGAAAAAAGUUUAACUUACGUUCAGGAAAAAGAACAAAACGAGUACACGAAAGUAGUAAUACAAUCAUUGAAAAUUAGUCAACAAAUUUAUCAGUGUAAUGUAGAAUAUUUAAAAAGUGUAGUUUCAGAUUCAAUACAAUUUAUAUCCAAGGAAAUAACUACUGAUAGUGACGAAUCUAUAUUUGCAUUUAUUAUACUAUACAAAGAUACACAAGAAAAAUUAGCAAUAUUAUCUUCGACGAUGGAAAUUCCAUUAAAGAGAACUGUUUAUUCGGUAGACACGACCGAAUAUCUCAAUGUGUCUCAAACUGUUGAUUACGGGGAUUAUAUACAAAGCUUUUAUGCAUAUUUUGAAGUAUGUUAUGAAGAAGUUUACAAUAAUCAAAAUGAUGCUGAAUUAUUUCUAAAGAAUAGUAUGACACAAUUUAAUGCAAUAUAUGAAAAGGUUGUCGAAGCAGUUCAAAGCGCACCGGAUGAUGCUUACAAAACAUUUUUAUUAAGCUAUUUACAAAAAACAUUAACUGUGUAUACAAAAACCUCCGAUUAUUUUAAAGAACAAAUUGUUCAAGCAAAGGAUAUUGUUUCUAAAGGUGGAGAUAUAAGCAAAUGUGCACUUUUUCAAGAAAUAAGACAACGGUCGGAAACUGUUAUUGUAAUUUACUCUGCCGUUUUAAUAAAGUGUUACCAAUAUGCCAAGGAUAGUAAAAUUGUUACAAUAAACAACUCUGAAUUUGACGUUAUCACUAUACAGACACAAGUAGUUAGUAGUUAUACCGAAAUCACUAAAACUUCUUCAACAAAAACAUUUGAAAUAGAAAUUUCAACAUGAGAAUUUUAACUAGUUACUGAGAUUUGAAAAAUUAGCAGUUUAAACUUGCAUUAUAAAUUAUAUUAUAGAAAUAUAUCAUUAUAAACAUUUUAAAGGAAAUAAAGUAUACUUAAGAAUUUA